GCCUUAUCCUUGCUGCUUUAGUCUGUGCCUGUUUCUUGCCUCUUUUCCCACUGCUCUUUUCCCCGUUUCCAUGUCCCUGGUGGGUGCCACACCCCAGAACAUCCCACGCACAUGGCCACCGGCUCGAGGGAGUCCUCGUUUUCUUCCUGCGCGUCGAGCUGUGACUUUGACGACGAGGGAGUGCGCGGCACCUGCGAAGAUGCUUCUCUCUGCAAGAGGUUUGCGGUGAGCAUUGGCUACUGGCAUGAUCCAUACAUCGAACAUCUUGUGAGGCAGUCUAAAGAGAGGAAGGCCCCUGAAAUUAACAGAGGAUAUUUUGCUCGUGUUCAUGGUGUCAGUCAGCUUAUUAAAGCUUUUCUCCGGAAGACAGAAUGCCGUUGUCAAAUUCUCAACCUUGGGGCUGGGAUGGAUACCACCUUCUGGAAAUUAAAGGAUGAAGGUCUUCUCCCAAAUAAAUAUUUUGAAGUUGACUUUCCAAUGAUAGUCACAAGAAAACUGCACACCAUCAAAAACAAGCCACUUCUAUUCAGACCCAUCAUGGAGUUACACCCAGAGGAUACUCUUCAAAUAGAUAGUCACAUGCUGGAUUCAAAAAGAUAUGCCAUCAUUGGAGCAGAUCUCCGAGACCUUUCUGAGCUGGAAGAGAAACUAAAGAAAUGUAACAUGAAUACACAGUUGCCCACACUCCUGAUAACCGAAUGUGUGCUGGUGUACAUGACUCCGGAGCAGUCAGCCAACCUCCUAAAGUGGGCAGCCCGCAGUUUUGAGACGGCCAUGUUCAUAAAUUAUGAACAGGUCAACAUGGAUGACCGGUUUGGGCAGAUCAUGAUUGAAAACCUCCGGAGGCGACAGUGUGACCUGGCAGGAGUGGAAACCUGCAAAUCACUGGAGUCUCAGAAGGAACGACUGCUGUUGAAUGGGUGGGAGACGGCGUCUGCAGUGAACAUGAUGGAGCUGUACAGUGGGCUUCCUCGGGCAGAGGUAAACAGAAUAGAAUCCCUCGAGUUCCUGGAUGAAAUGGAGCUUCUAGAGCAGCUCAUGCGGCAUUACUGCCUGUGCUGGGCCACCCGAGGGGGCCAGGAGCUGGGUUUGAAGGAGAUAACCUAUUGAUCUGCUGAAGGCUUGUGCUGAGGUGGAAGGUGAAGGCUCCAGUUAAGGGAGUGCCUGGGCCUCCUGAGGGAUGGGUAGCUUCAUCGCCAUUGCUGGUCCUGUCGCACAUCCGGAACCCUUGGUUACAAAGGUGGUCACACCAGAUCCUGUUCCUGUCAGUAUCAUUGUUUAAAUAAAUUUCACUUGCCAUUUGUGUCAGA